GUACAGGCGCUAGGCAGCCACAAGUCUGAGAUUGUUCUGGGCUACUAACUUCAUGCUCACCCCGGCGUCUCUGACCACAGCUACCUCGUCCAGUUCUACGCGAACCACAACUGCAGCCACCAAGACGGUGACAUCGUCGUCUAGCGUGACAACACCUUCCUCAACGAGAGUGAUCGUCACACCAUCUUCGACGUCGACAUCGUCAGCUCCUCGCACCUCAUCCUCCUCUACCUCAUCGACCUCGUCAGAGGACGUAGUAUCGACAUCCUCUUCCAGCUCGCGUGCAGUCGCGACCACCACGGCUUUGUCUUCUUCAAGUGGCACUACCAGUCUUGCGCUGCCGUCUAUCACUACUGCCACAAGCUCCAGGGGCACAUCUGUCCAAGUGAUUACAGAAUCAGCGACCGCAGCCACGGCAAGUGCCACGGCAAGUUCCACCGCAGCUGCCAGUAGUGGUCCAGGCGUAGGUCUCAUUAUCGGCAUCGUUGCAGCUGCUUUGGCGGGCGUAGUGGUCGUGGCUGCAGUCGUCGGAUUCCUCGUCAAGAAGGCCAGUCGCAAGACUGAACCCUUCGAAGGCGAUCCGUUUGACAAGGACGAGUUCCGAAGGCAGUCUGCUAUGAUUCCCGAAGGCUUCGAAAGCGAUGAUGGACACCGCUCAAUGGUAGAGCGCGACUUCGAUCCAUCAGGCUAUGGCGGCGAUGACGGCGGCUAUGGUGGGCACGUACUUUCAGCUGGCGGCGCCGGUAUGAUGGCUGGCGCCGCCGGGGCAUACGGUGGUUCUUACAAUGAGAGCGGGGCUCCACGACCUCCUACGAUGCUGGCCCGCCAUGCUGAUGCCUACCGAGACUACCAAGUGCAAGACUCUGUGGGUCCGGGCGCUCCGUACGAAGCUGCUUUUGCCGCACCACCACAAUUUCCCCAGAUGGCCUACGGUGGAGAGGAUCCAUACUCUCUAGCCGGUGUAGCCGGUGGCAUGAAGAAGAUGCAGAAUAUCGACAAUCCUUACGCCCACCUCGAUCGAAGUCUGUCGGCGUCGCAAUUCCACGCUGCGGAGGCUGCCAACUACUACAACAACCGCAACGUCAGUGGUAAUUCUCAAGGGACGCAACUGCAGCGCAACGGCAGCGGCGGCACAGCCAGUGGCAGUGACGGCGGCUACGGCCGAUCUGAUGCACAGGAUGCAGCAGCCCGACCUACGAGCUACGAUGGUAACCGGUCUGGAACGCCCGAACUGCCGAAUGUGCAACAGACCUACGCACUGGGCUCUGAAGAGGGACACUCGUCUGACCCUUCUGGCCGUCAGUCUGCCAUGGGCACUCUCGAUUACCCAACGAUGCUGAACCCUUAUGAUGAACAGCAGUACUACCAACAUCAGCAACAACAGCAGCAGGAGCAAGAGCAACAACAGCAUGGCAUGCCAAUGUCCUCCUCACCGCCUCCUGCGCUGCAAGUUCGCAAUCUCACCGGUAGAGGUGACGGACAAGGGGGCAGGUACGAUCAAUAUGGCAACCGCGGUGACAAUCGCAAUUCGGCAGCCUCAGAGAAUAGCGAUACUGCUUACGGCGGAGUCUACUAGAAUGGACAAUCAGACCAGCACCUCGCAGCUGAGCGCAGUGAAUCAACGAUAGCCGGUCUAUCUUCCGGGCCAGUCCUCUCCACUAGGAUAGAGGGCGCCCAUUUCUAUGUCAAAUGUUCGCCUUUUUCCCGCUCGCACCUUACCACCGCGCUCUUGGUCUAUAUCGAUCGUCCGGACACUUCCUUGUCUUUUGUGCGCCGCUCGCGACUGGAACUCAGCGCGAGGCC